AAAACUAAAGAAGAAGAAGAAGCGGAAAAACAAAUAUGGAUUCCACAGUAUCAACGCUAAAUCCAAAUCACACCUCGAAGCUUUUUGUGUGUUUUUCUCCGUCUCUCUUGAUUUCGCCUGACGGCUUUUACAGAUUACAUAUUUUGUAAACUGAUUGUUUAACUAGUGAAAUGUUUCUGAACGGAGAGACGAAACGAAACCCGGAAAAUAACCGGAAGUAUCCGUCUCGGGUUUGAAACUAAACAUCCGCCACUGUAACGCGUGUGUUUACUAUGUUAGCUCGUCGUCUCAGCCCAACAAAUACGUGGACGAUAUGGAAAGACAUUUCAUCGUCCUUUUAACGGAACGAGGAAGGGUGUAUUGUUUCGCCUGAAGGACAAGCACACAGUCUGAACAAGAUGUAGCUAACGUCUGAGUAUGUCGCCCUGAACGAACGAGCGAACAAACAAACAAGACAUGGACUUUGUCGUGGAGGCAACCUGAGAGCACCGAGAGGUCAAUCAUCGAGUUGAAGAUCCAUUACCAUGGGUUUGGUGAACUUUGUUAUCUCCACUGUAGCGAAAUGCCUGGACGCCGUCUGCUUACUGCUGGACCUGAAUUUUGUCGUCGUCCACAGCGUGGUGCGGACUACCCUGGCGGUUAUCACCUUUGUAACCAGCCUGCCCACCCUCCUCCUCAACUCACUGGCAGAGUUGGGAAACUUAACCGUGUUUAGCUUGGUGUCCCUGGCAGAGGCGACGUCCAACGUAGCCCACGGUACUGUCACCAUGCUGGGGAGCUUGGUGCUGGCUCUGGAGGGGCUGGUGGAGAGCCUGAAGAUGGUGGGUUACCUGUCCAUGCACGUCCUGCUUCGUGGGAAGGAGCACCUGUGUCGAGGUCUUCUGUCGGUGCUUGAGGGCUGUGGCAUCGCUGUCAGCCUGGUGGUCUAUUUCACCAACACCGUGGUCAACUUUGCACUCAUUGCAACGCAGAACAUUUACUCCGUGGUGGUCAGUGUGUGGCAGACGGUCUCCAGCCCGCUGCAGAAGGUGCUGGAGUUCGUGCUGACCUCCUUCACCUUUCUGUACAGCAGCCUGGCUGGGACUUCGGCUUUCCUGUGGUCCCCCUGUAAACUGAUGUUGGACUUUCUGGUCUCGCUGGUUCAUAUGUUUGUUAGCAUCUUCAUAUUGAACGUCUAUGGCCUUCUGCUCACUGUAACUAUUGCUCUAACUACCACCGCCUACCUGAAUCCAGAGCUGGCCCGACAGGCUACUGUGCGAAUUGUGGAUUAUGUUAACUCUUUUCCUGCCUUGCACAGACUUUAUCUGGCUCUGCACCGCCUCGCUUCAGCCUUGCGGAGCGCCCCAUAUUUUGUGCGCGGUGCCAUGCGCCACCUGCGAAGAAUACUCCAUCACCUCUACCUGCUAGAGAGAAGACUUUGGCAGCAGCUGCCUCGACUCAGCAGCCAGCUAGGUCUGGCUGUGAGGACACAGCUCAACAGGGACAACAACAACCGAGUACGCGGCGAUGGCGACCCUGGAGAGGAGAGGCGGGAUCCACCAGAUGGAAGAGCAGGGGAUGGAGCCCACCAGGAGCUGCUGGAUUUAGUUUUCCCCUCAUCAAGCACAGACAGACCACUUAAGCAGUCGUCUUCAGGCAAAGACGGUAAACCUCUGCCUGCCGAGAAUCUGCUGACUCUACUGAAGGAGCAAGAAGACAGAAAGAAGUGUGUUAUCUGUCAGGACUGUACCAAAACGGUGGUGCUGCUGCCAUGCAGGCACCUCUGCUUGUGUAAAGACUGUACAAACAUCCUGUUGAGGCAGCCCAUUUACCAACAGAACUGCCCGCUCUGUCGGCACAUGAUCCUCAACACUAUGGAUGUGUAUCUAUGAGGGACCAACGGAAGUGGAUCUCUGUGGGUGUUGGACCACAUAGAACAGCCUAUCAGUAGCUAUAGUUAAAAGUUUUACCGCAACUAAAAUGAUGUUGUGGGGCUUGUGUUUUUUUUUUUACUAGGUUGUGUUAAAGCAUAAGUCUCGUAAUAUUUUACAUUUUUGUUGCAGUCAACAAAUCCCAUAAGACCAAAGGGACAAUUUAUUCGGUCUCUUAAUACUUUCCCGCCCCUUUACCCUGACACGGAAGAUGUAAAUCUUUAAAAACGGCACACAAAUGUUAUUUUAAAUUUUGCUUUACUCAGACGGUGCAAAACGGUGUAAAUGGGUAGGUUUGGACUACACAGACAGUACUUGUUAGUAGGGUAACUUCGUUGUUGGUUCUGGAUUUACUGGAAUUCAUGGGAUAUAUUGUUAUUCAAAAAUAAAGAAUACCAUACAACUUAUGUUAUAAAAUUUGGUUUCAGAUCUGUGAACGUUUUGAGAACAGUUUAGAAAAGAAAUGCUAAGGAAAGCACAUAGUGUCCCAGUUCCAUAUGACAUACUAACUGUAUACAGUAUGUACUAUAUACUAAUCUUCAUAGUGUGCUGUUUUGCAGAGCAGUAUAUAAGAAAUCAACAAUAUUAACAGUUUCAACUAAAGGAAUAGGAGAUGAUAUAAUACUUGUGGCAUUGGAUGUUAAUCAAACUACAACAUUAAAAUCUCCCUACCAAAUUUCUUUGUGCAUUGUGAAAGAAAAGUGUCCUUUAACAGUACAGUACACUCAAAAAGCAGGUGUUUUUUUUGUAUGUAUACUGACUGUUUUGAGUUUACUUUUUUUGUCGCCCGUGAACAUAGAACACACUUAAAUCCCGCUUAGAAUGACUUUGUAGUCUGGAUUUGGGACACAGCUACAGUCUCUGUUUUGCGUCUUAAGAUGCACCUGUUUAGAUAUUCCAGUAUUGCCACGUCUCAGGUCUCGUAGCCAUUGAAACCCGCCAGUGCCCUCCCAGAUGCUGAAAUGUUUACCACCGCUCAUGUCUUAUAAUGUUGUGCUUUCAGUGGGUCAAGCUGUGAAGAAGACAAAACAAACACUGUGCUUUAUUGCAUGAGCAUACAAAUUAUUCCACACAUGCUGUAUGUAUGAACGCUGUAUGUGUAACAGUGCAUUCAAAGCAACACCAUGACCCUUUUGUUCUGUUGUAAAAAAGCUUUUACCAUUUAAAUAUGCUUCUGUAAAUGAUGACCACUUCUCAUAGAGCCAUGUAAAGAAGUUUUCUGUAUUUAAGGAAACUGAUUUGUAAUUUUCCAGUCAGGUCUGAUGAAAUACAACUUUAUUCCAUUUAUUUGUUCUAUUGAUAGGGCUUAUUCCAGUCUUCCAUCAGAGGCACAUUACAGUCACCACCAUCACAAAAUCGAUAAAAGGUUUUCCCUUUCCUUUGUCAUUGUAAUAAAACAUAAUUUCUGUUGUGUAAAAGGACCAUAAACUAAUAAGGCUUUACAAUUUAAUUUGCUGUUGUUCCUCUUUUGUUUCAAAGCUGAAGUGCACAUAUUGAUCAGUGUUUAAAGUUUACAGGGCUUAUUUGUUACCCUUACUUAAUGCUUUACUGUUGGUGGGUGGUGUGUCAUUUUUUUAUUCCUAAAAUAAUUUGUAUGAUUUGAAGAAAUUGGAUUUUUGCAUUGUUUUUGUUUCGCUAUGUUAUACCAAUUACUGACAUGAUUAUUUUCCCUACUACAUCAACAGAUAUCAUUAAUGAAAGUGGUUUGAAUCUCAGUUUUUGAUAUGGUUGUAAAUGAUUUCUAGAGAUCAGACUGUACUCAUUAAAGACUAGACUAUUCCUCUAAUGGAAUUCCUAAUUUAAGAUUGCAGAUUGCAGUGGACCAUCAUCUGUUGUUACCUGCAGUUUGUAUGACACAAUGUGGGACAAUGGGAUUUGAAGACAUGAAUGUAAAUUUUUUUUUUUUUAAAUAAAUACUAUGGCUGCCACAUAA